AUGGCAACCAGAGGAGGAAGAAAACGCUCCAGACUCGGACCUAUUUCGAACGCAGCUCAGGUGGGCAACUCCGAAGAUCUCGUGAUCGAGAUCCUACUGCGCCUCCCAGCUAAGCCACUUCUCAUGUUCAAAUCAGUUUCAAAACAAUGGUACUCCAUAAUCUCUAACCCUGAAUUUACUGUCACUUGUGCCAAAAGAAACCCAAACCCUCAGCUGGGGUUUCUGUUGGAUGCUCGAUUCAAUUUCCAACCACACCCACGCCCCCUCUUCCUUUCUCUGGGUGGCUAUCAAUAUGGGAAACACCCAAGUUUCCUUGAUAGCCCACAUCUUGAAAUUCACCAUCUCUGUAAUGGGUUGUUGUGCUAUUCUAAGCCCCAUUUGAGUUCCCCUCAAAUCACUUCUUAUUAUGUUUGCAAUCAUUCAUCUGGGCAAUCGAAAUGGCUUCGGGUUCUUGGAAGCCCUGACAAUGAAAGAGUGAAGGCUUUUAAUGUGGCAGUUGAUCCUUUGCUAUCACCACAUUACAGGCUCGUUUUUGUUAGUGAAUUGUCUGUGGUAGACGAGUACCGUCUUAUCAAAAUUGAUAUCUACUCGUCUAAGACCAAGUCUUGGAGAGCCUCCACAAAGGGGAUUUACAUUUUGCAAUACGAUAUUGGGUUUCACAUUUCAGUUUACUGGAGGGAUGCAAUUUACUGGUACAAUCAGAACAAUCAGUCUUUGGCGUAUUUCGAUUUCAACGACGACAGUGUGGAGAUUUUGCCAAAGCCACAGGUUACAGAAACCAUGACUUAUUACUACUUUGGAGAGUCAGGCGGGCAUUUGCAUCUUGUGGGCAGUUGGAGACCCUGGACUAGUUUGUUAACUGUCUUCGAAAUGCUGGAAGAUAGGUCUGGGUGGUUUGUGAAGUAUGAUGGUGAUUUUGGUGCUUUAGCUACUGCAUAUCCCAAGAUGGUUACUAACAAACCAAUUAGGCCUUAUGUGUUUUCUGUGGUGAACCUGUUAAGAGGUAAGAAAGAAGGGGAGGUCAUUAUUGUGUUAGUAAUCCCCGAAGGUGUGAUUUGGUAUAAUGUCCGGGAUGAGACCUCAAAGAAGCUCUGCAAUCUGUCUCUGAGUCAAAGCAAAUUGCAGCAGAUGAGGUUUAAAGCUCAUCAAUACAUGGAGACCCUUGCUUCAAUAACAUGA